CUAAUGCUUUGGCCAGGAAACGCUUUCCCAAGAAAUGACAGCAAGCAGGGAGUUGCCAGGCUAUGAAUAUGACUGAAGGCCAGUGCAGGAUUGGGAGGAAAACUCUGGUUCUUUCCAUUCUUACCAUGGCAGGGAUUUUUGUAUUAGGCUGGUACAAGCCAAAGGCCUCCUCUACAUGGUACCCCCACUACCUCUUUUCCUGCAAAGCAAAUAACUCGGAGUUGUCCAUUUACUUCAGAUCAAGCCAAGACAACUUAAAGGCAGUCCAGCUUAAAAGAAUAUUGUAUCCAAAAGCUGAAACCCUAAAGCCACAGAGAACCGAUGUUCUGUCUGUAUCCCCCUGGCUGGCCCCAAUAGUGUGGGAAGGCAAUUUCAACAUUGAUAUACUGAAUGAACAGUUCCACCAGAGAGAUGUUCGCAUUGGCCUUACAGUGUUUGCCAUUAAAAAAUACAUAAGAUUUCUCAAAACGCUCAUUGAAACAGCUGAGAAGUUCUUCAUGGUGGGACACCAAGUCAACUACUAUGUUUUCACUGAUCUAGUAAGAAACGUAACUAAUUUUAACAUUACAGUUGGGACGGGAAGGCGACUUGUCUUCCUCGAGGUCCCCAGUUACAAACGGUGGCAGGAUGUCUCCAUGCGGCGCAUGCAGAUGAUUCGAGACGCUUCUCAACAGAGAUUUGCCUAUGAGGUGGACUAUUUAGUGUGCAUAGAUGUAGAUAUGAGGUUUCAAGACCAUGUUGGAGUAGAGAUUCUCAGUGAUGUGUUUGGGACUUUACACCCGGCGUUCUUCGUUAAAACUAGGCACCAAUUUACUUAUGAACGUAGGCCUCAGUCUCAAGCCUACAUUCCUGAAGAUGAAGGAGACUUUUAUUAUGCAGGGGGUUAUUUUGGAGGAAAAGUAGAAGAGGUCUACAAACUGACUAACCACUGCCAUCAUGCUAUGCUGACAGACAAAGCAAAUAACAUUGAAGCUGUUUGGCAUGAUGAGAGUUACCUAAACAAUUACUUUCUAUAUUACAAAAAGCCUACUAAGAUCCUCUCUCCAGAGUAUCUGUGGAAUGAACUGGAUGGUACCGCACACUACCUAAGGAAAAGAAGGUUAAUUGCACUUCAUAAAAACCCAGAUGAAGUCCGGAACUAACUUAUCGUACUAUGAUUUCCAAUUACCCCCUCAAACUUUUUCAAUCAUUUGCACAAUCCUCUAAUUCCAUGAUGAUUCUGAACCCAAUGGCCGAUACAGGAACUUACUGUACUUAUGAGUUACUCACCAUAAAGCUCCAUGAGAUUAGUCAUGAUUGAGAUUUAAAGGUAAUUACAGUUUUUUGGGAUCAGAAGAAUUUACAAAUACCUUUGUCACACUGCAUUUCAUUGGAUAGGAAAUCCAUGUAUCCUAUAAUACACAAGAGCCAUGGAUAUCCUGUAAACAUCCCUUAAUAAAAGAUGCAUAGUGAUGUCAUUGGUUAUAAUCAGUGCUUAGUGUCAUUAGUGCAACAAUAAUUCAGGACUAGAAUCUAUGGAAACCUAAUGUGUCAUGGGUUCAAAUUUAAAUUUUUGGGCCCAGUUAUAACAAAGGUUGGACAUUCUAUGAGAUGAAUGUCAGCAAAGGCAUCAACCUCCUAGAAACUGCAUCCAGGUAAUUUUUGACCAUGCAC